GGAAACGGAAAUUCAAUGACAACUUAGUCACCAAACAUUCGAAAUCUCAAAAUUAUUUUUAAAACCUAAAAGAGGAUGCAAGAGAAGGUAGCUAAAGAAAGGUCAACUAUACAAAGGAGAAGUUCUGUAAAUACUCAGAAAAAAUCUUUAACAAGAAAGCGUUCCUCCGCUUCUAUUUCGUCGAAAAGAGAUAGUGCACCGACUUCAAGUUUACUCCAAACCAUCUAUAAAUGGGAUAAUCGAGCUACAAAUUACUUAGCAAUUUGCUCUAAGACAGAUGGAAAAUUUUCAAGAUUUCGAUUUGUAAUGAAAUUUCUAGAGUUGUCAUGUCACGGAGCUCCUUGGAUUAUUGCAAACAUUGCUGGUAUUCUAAUAAGUCAUGAUUUAGAGAGACAAGAAAUUUUGCUCAAUUUUUUUCUAGCUCUUGUUUUGGAUUUAAUGAUUGUUGGAAGCGUUAAAGCCCUGGUUAGACGUGAUAGACCAGCACAUAAUGAAGAUGAUUUAAUUGCGACUAUCUCUAUUGACAAAAAGUACAGCUUUCCUUCAGGGCAUACAACUAGAGCUGCACUUAUUGCAGCCUUUACAACGUCCAACAUAAGGCUCCAGAAUCCGAUUUUAGGAAUUGUUUGGAGUUGGGCAGUAGUUGUUAGCUCAUCAAGGGUAAUAUUAGGAAGGCACUACGUUACGGAUAUUAUAUGCGGUUUCGGGAUAGGAAUUAUAGAAAAUCUAGUAGCUAAAUGGUUUUGGAUUCCGAAAGAUACGUGCAUGCUCCUACUGAAGCCAAUCCACGAAGAUCUCCAUCUCUAA